UGGCUGAGCCUGAAUCCCAUAUUUAGCUUUUUAGUUAUUGCUAUACCAAUAAUAAAUAAAACGUGUUUCUUUAUAUUAAAGUGCGAUAUACUAUUUAAAAAAUAUAUAACCAUAUUAGAAGUCUACCUAUAUUAAUUACAAUUUACAAUCUAAGUUUCAUCACAUUUCAAAUCGACAAGUUUUUGAAAACAACAACAAUGACUGAAUCAACAGCUACGCCAAUUGAAGGAUGGUCAAAGGAGGAGAAAUUUAACUUAUUGCGCGCUAUGAGAGAAUUCGGUUCUCAGGACAUUGAAAAGAUACAAGGUUUUAUGUUUAGCAAAAGUUAUGAAGAAAUAUCUGGAGCUAUAGAAUAUUACAGAUCCAAAGCUUUUCAAAAUCCUAACGUCAAAAAAAAAAGAGAGAAGCGGAAGUUAAAUACUUCUACUACACCCUUAGGGCAUUGGGCUUCAGCUCUAAUGGAUAAUAAGGGUUAUGAAGAAUUAAGAACGGACAUAUCAACUGCUCUUAGGUUGGUGGCUGAGUUUGAAGAAAGGUCUCCAAAAACUUGCACAGAGCAGUAUAAUUUUGGAGCGGUAUACCAAGCAUUGGCAAAUGCUUUAGAUGGGAGAGUAUUGUCUGAUGACCAAAAAGUAAAUACUUUGAUAGAGAAAUGUUUAAUUGAUACAGCCAUUUUUAGCAAAGCAUUUAAAACAACUGGUUUUGUCAAGGAUGUGAUUAAGGAUAUGAAUUUGACUGAAUCUAUAGAUGAUAUAGUGGUUCUAAAGGCAAGUGAUGACAGUGACCUUGCAAACAUAAGACAUAUAAUUAGUCACAAAGCAUAUAAUCCUUUGAAUAUAUCUAUAAAUGAUCUUCAGUGUGGUAAAAAAUAAUAUAAGUACACAAUUUCAUACAUUAUUAUAUAAAUUUUUUGGAAACCAAUUUUGUUUUAAUUGUAAAAACAGGCCAUAUUGCACAAAUACACAAUUAAAUAUCAA